GCCUCACACAGCUGAGCACUGCGAGGUCGUCACCUCGAACCCCUCGGCUCGAGCAAAGCACUGCCGCAGACUGCCGCACACUACUACUCAUAGCUACACCCGAGCCCAUCGACUUGCAGCCUCACACAGCUGAGCACUGCGAGGUCGUCACCUCGAACCCCUCGGCUCGAGCAAAGCACUACACCCGAGCCCAUCGGUGGACACUCACGACGCACCGGAAAGGCGACGGAUAAUGCAAUCCACGGAGGUCAUCGAAGUAAUCGUGCCGGAGCCGCCCAUGGGCUGCUCGCUCGCCCUGAGCGACCGGGGCGCGCUCUGCACGGUCGAGGCGGUCCAGCCGGCGAGCCGCGCGGCCGGCGCGGGCGUUCUCGCGGGAGAUGUUCUCCUUACGGCGAACGGCCAGGCGCCGCCCAUCGAGUCCGGAAGCUGCGCGCUCGUGGACUUCUUCCGGAAGCUUCGCUACCCGCUGCGGCUCGCAUUUGCGAGGCGGGCCAAGGACGCGCGAUUCGGAGACGCGGCGCGGAGGGCGGGCGCCGCGGCCGCAGAGGCCUUCCUUGCGGACGCGGCUGCCGCCGCGCCGCCGCCGCCGCGGCUGCCGACUGAUAACACAGAAGUGGCGCCGCCGCCGGAGCCCGAAACGACGAAACAGUUCACGCCCUUUGCCCUGGCCUUCGAGGAAAGCGGCGCGGCAGCACGGCGUGCGCUCGAGCUCGCAACGCCGCGGCGGCCGUCUGUUCCCAUCCCCAUCUUGGACGAGGAGGCGCCGGACGACCCGAUCCUCGCGAUGACGCGCGAGUCGCUCUACGCGGACUCGCCCGACUUUAAGAGGGAGCGGCGGAAGCGGGCCGAGGAAAAGAUAGACCCGCUGCCCGUCGAGCUGCCGAGUCGCUGCGAGCGGCUAGCGGCUCCGCUCUGGAAGUACAGGAACUACGCGCUGACGGCUUUUGUGGGGUUCUCGCUCGGCUACGCGUAUGUGCACCUGCGGUUCGUGGAGGACUUCCAGCGGGGCUUCUAACCAAUCUUGUACCUGUA